AUGUCGUCGCCGUCCGUGACGCCACGUAGGCGUAGGCGCGAUGAGGUGGUUGAUGAUGCUGUCGACGACGAGGCCUACUCGGCAGGCUCAAAGAAGCGCACACGUCUGCACGAUCACUCCGAAGAAGGCUCACAAUCACCAGACGAACCACUACUACCGGAUAACUACCGCCGCUCGCCCAAAGGGAAAGAGCAGCGACAAUCCACUCGCAAGCAUCAACCCGGAUCAAUCGUACGCGUCACCCUUACCAACUUCGUCACAUAUACCAAAGCCGAGUUCAAUCCAGGUCCGAAUCUGAACAUGAUUAUAGGGCCAAACGGCACUGGCAAGAGUACCCUCGUAUGCGCCAUCUGUCUCGGUCUAGGCUGGAGUCCAAACCAUCUCGGACGUGCCAAGGACUCCGGCGAAUUUGUCAAGCACGGCGCGGAUACGGCUGUGAUUGAGAUUGAGUUGGCCGCCAACCCGAAGAAGCAUGCUGAGAACCCCGUCGUCACCACGAAGAUCACGCGUGCUGGUAACAAGACUGAGUUCAUGCUGAACCGCAGGAAGGCGACAAAGAAGGAAGUGGAAAAGCUCAUGCGAAGCUUCUCUAUCCAAGUGGACAACCUCUGCCAGUUCUUGCCGCAAGAUCGUGUCGUUGAGUUUGCUGCACUGUCGCCAGUCAAUUUGCUUGCACACACUCAGCGUGCAGCCGCCCCGCCGCAGAUGUCCGAUUGGCACGAGCAUCUUAAGGGCAUGCGUAAGGAGCAGAAAGCAAAACAGAGCGAACAGCAGACGUUGAUCGACGACGUGAAGAGCAAAGAGCACCGCCAGAAAGCGCAGCAGCAUCAAGUGGAGCAACUACGCGCGCGCUCCGAACUACAAGCGCGGAUCAACGCGCUGGAGAAGCUACGACCGUUCCCGCAAUACAGAGCAGCCAAGGACCGCUACACAGAAGCCAAAGCACACAAGAAACAUGCCGAGAAGGAGCUUGCUCGACUGCAACGCCAAGUAGAGCCCAACCUGCAAGCGGAACGUGCGAAAGAAGCGUACUUCCAGCAAGUCGAAGCCGUCGCACUCAAGCGUGGGAAGCUGCUCGAGCGGUCUGACGCCGAGGCUAAGAAGAGGUUGGACGAGCUCACCGUCACGGACGGAGCGAUCAGCGACAAGAUCAAGCAGUCAGAGGCCGCCAAAGAUGCGUGUAAGAAUGCCAAGAGUAACCUACCUCAGCUCCAGCGCAACAAGACGCACAUUGAACGUGCGAUGGAGAAUCCACCCGCUGAAGCGGACGUGGCUGCCUACAAUGAUCAGAUCCGAGAGAAGAUGCGCGACGUCCGGGACCGCAAUGACAAGAUGGAUGAGCUCAAGCAGGAAGUAGCUAGUCUGCAGCAACGCGGUCAACAGCAGCAGAAUAUCCUUGACGAUGCUCAGAGGGAGAAAGACAGUCUGCACACGCAAGCCGGCCAGCAAGCCAGUAAACUCAGAACAGCAUCCAGGCAGGCAUAUCAAGCUUAUCAGUGGAUCCAGAAUAACCGCAACCGCUUUAGCGGCGAUGUCUACGGUCCACCUGCCGUAGAACUGGCUGCCAAGGACGUCCGCCACGCGGCUGCGAUCGAGAGCGCAAUCGGUCAGGGCGAAAUGCUUGCCUUCACGGUGACGAGCCAGGCUGAUUUCAACACUCUCAGCGACGAGCUGUACAAGCAUCAAGGCCUCAGCGACAUCAGCAUACGUGUCUCGGGCCGUCCACUUGACCAAUACAGGCCGCCCUGCUCGAAUGAGCAGCUGCAGUCAUAUGGCCUGCAAGCUUGGAUGGUCGACCUUGUCGAAGGUCCCGACGCUGUGCUUGCUAUGUUGUGCGACAACCGCAGUCUCGCAGCCACUGCUUUCACCACUCGCGAGCUCACGAACGCGCAAUUGGAAGCUUUGAAGGCGCCUAACAGUCCCAUCACGUCCUGGAUUACACCAACCGAGCAAUACAUCGUUACACGCCGCCGGGAGUACGGCGCGGCAGGCUUCUCGGUGCGGAAUACCAACCUCCGUGCCGCUAGGUUCUUCACGGAUGCGACCGUACCUCACAAUGAGGAUGCCGAGCUUGAUCAGCGAGUAAUCGCUGCUAGGCGAGAGAUCGCCGAACUUGAGCGGCGGAGGCAGGCUCUCAAGGAUGAAUACAAAGAGGUUCAUGAGCAGUGUGAAGCGUUCAGGCGUGAGGAGAAAGCGAUCAAAGAUGAGAAGGCCCAGAAGCAACAGGCAAUCGCUGUCUUCAACGCCUUGCCGACGAGGUUGAACGGCGCGGUGAAGAAGCUCGAUGAGGCCAUGGCCAUCAUCAACAGUACUGCUGAUGCUGAAAGAGUGAUUGGCGAUGAAAUUGACAAAUUGACGCUCGAGAAGGGUCAGAAGGCCAUUGAGUUUGCCUUGACCGUGCAUGCGCUACGUGACCUUAACGUUCAGCACAUCGAAAUACAAAUCCUGGCAAUUGAGGCGAAGUCGGACCAUGAGCAGCUCCGAGCACGGACUGUGGAGGAGAGGAAGAUGCUCGACGUGCAGGAGCGCGAGGUGGCGCGAUUGACGCAGGAGGCAGCCGCGCUGCUUGCUGAAGGCAGGAGGUUACAGGCUGUUUGUACGGCUUUGAACGACACCCUUGAUGAUCAGGAGUUGACGGUCUGUGACGAGAUCAAGGAAUGGACUAUGGACCAAAUGGACACGGAGAUCUCCUCCGUGCAAGCACGCCUCGACAUGACUGGCGAUGGUGGCAAUCAGCAUGUGCUCAAAGAGUAUGAGGAGCGUGCGCGAAAGAUUGAGAAAGCGCGAAGUAAGCUUGCUGAUAUUGAAGCCGAGCUGGAGCGCGUUGACGGACAGAUUGCGGAGAUUCGAACGCAGUGGGAGCCGCAACUCGACGAGCUAAUUGCGCAGAUAAGUGAAGCCUUCGCGGACAACUUCAGCAAGAUCCAAUGUGCGGGUGAGGUGGCGGUAUACAAAGAUGAGGACUUUGAGCAAUGGGCCAUCCAGAUCAAGGUGAAGUUCCGAGAAAACGAACCCCUCUCCCUCCUCGACUCCCACCGCCAAUCUGGCGGCGAGCGCGCCGUAAGCACCAUCUUCUACCUCAUGGCCCUGCAAUCCCUUGCCCGCGCGCCCUUCCGUGUCGUCGACGAGAUCAAUCAGGGCAUGGAUCCGCGCAACGAGCGCCUCGUUCAUUCGAGGAUGGUGGAUAUUGCCUGCAACGAGGAGAGCGCGAGUCAGUAUUUCCUCAUCACGCCGAAGUUGUUGAACGGCUUAAGGUAUCAUGAGAGUAUGAAAGUGCAUUGUAUUGCCAGUGGGGAGUACAUGCCGGACGACUAUCGGCAGAUGGAUUUUGGUACGCUGGCGAGGAGGGCAGUGGCGCUGAGGGCGGGCGGGUGA